AUGUUUGGCGACAACAGAAAAAACAGCAGCUUCGGUAACGAUAACAAUAACAAUGUUCCUCGUCCCCAAUUCGCGCAAUCAGAACCUCGGCUUUCCACAACUGAAGCCUAUUCAGACGACGACAUUGCCAAGCGUAGCAGUAGCGCCGCCUCCCCUAUGAGCCCUUACUACUAUGACCCCGUCAGGUUAAGUGGCGAGGGCUCACCAAUGAUGAUGUCGCCAUGGAAUCAAACAACGAAUUCGCCAUUCUCAAAGCCACAGUGGUCACAAUGUGAAGAAGCACCACCGCAGAAUUCCCUGAUCGGUUCUCUCGUUCGCGAAGAAGGUCACAUUUAUUCAUUGGCAGCUUCCGGCGACUUAUUAUACACCGGCUCCGACAGCAAGAACAUUCGCGUGUGGAAGAAUCUUCAAGAAUACUGCGGAUUCAAAUCCAACAGUGGAUUAGUAAAAGCAAUAAUAAUCUCCGGUCAAAAGAUCUUCACCGGUCACCAAGACGGAAAAAUCAGAGUCUGGAAAGUGUCCGUCAAGAACCCUAGCAUCCACAAACGCGCCGGAACAUUACCAACGCUCAAAGAUAUUUUCAAAAGCUCCAUUAAACCAAGCAACUAUGUCGAGGUUCGUAAACACCGAACCGCGUUAUGGAUCAAACACUCCGACGCCGUUUCAUGUCUCAGUCUGUCACCGGACAAAACCUACCUCUACUCCGCUUCAUGGGAUCGAACAAUCAAAGUAUGGAGAAUCGGCGAUUCGAAAUGCUUGGAAUCGAUAACCUCCCACGAAGACGCGGUGAACUCCGUCGUGUGCGGCAACGACGGUAUUGUUUUCUCCGGUUCCGCUGACGGAACGGUUAAAGUGUGGCGACGAGAGAUACGUGGGAAAGGAACUAAGCACGCGGCGGUUAAAACGCUUUUGAAACAAGAAUGUGCUGUAACGGCUCUAGCGGUCGACCCGUCCGGUUCAAUGGUUUAUUGUGGUGCUUCUGAUGGUUUGGUUAAUUUUUGGGAACGUGAUAAGCAAUUUGAACACGGAGGGGUUCUUAAGGGUCAUAAACUAGCGGUUUUGUGUUUAUCUUCGGCUGGGAAUUUGGUUUUUAGCGGUUCAGCUGAUAAAACCAUAUGCGUGUGGAAAAGAGACGGAGUUAUUCACACGUGUGUUUCUGUUUUAACGGGACAUGACGGUCCUGUUAAAUGUUUAGCGGUGGAACAAAGUCGUGAUUGUGAUGGUGGGAGAGAUCAACGGUGGGUGUUGUAUAGUGGAAGUUUGGAUAAAUCUGUUAAAGUUUGGAAUGUUUCUGAGAGUCUGCAGAACCAGCGGAUUGCUUCUGAUUGUGAUUCGGCACCUUCUGAAUCCGACGGUAGUUUUUCUUCGAGUCGGGCUGGGAAUAAUAAACGGCAGUGA